AAUAAUACUUUCCUGGGAUGGGAAUGAUAACAAUAAAUUGUUUUGUUUUAUAAAAGUCAUGUAAGCUUGUGUCGUCACAAAUUUAGGAAUCAUUUUGAAACUGACUGUCAAGCCUCCUGUGUGUGGCUGAUAAGUGACUCCUAAAGGAAACAAGGAAUAGAAAAGAAGAAAUUAUUAGGAACUUUAUGGUGAUUGGAAUGUGUGAACAACGAAAAUUUCACUGGAAUGUAAAAACUGGAUUACCAAAAUUUUUUUAUAUUAUUAUUAUUGAUCUACCAAGAUUUUAUUUGAGUAUACACUUUGCUCAAGAUAUAUAUUAUUGUAAUAGGCGCUUUGAACUAAAUUUGAACUAUUAAAAUAUAUUCUUUUAAUUGUUGAGAUUUUAACUUAUUCAUAUAAAAGUACUGGAUUACUAGUUAUCACUGGAAUAAAAUCAGAGUACAAAUCAUAUGACAUGUCACCAUUAAAAACUUAAUAGAUGAUACACAGAAAUAUGCAAAUAUAUGAAUAUAACACUGAAUAUUUUCAUAAGAAAGAAAUUCUUAGAAUGUCUUUGAAUCACUAAUACAUGUUUCAUUAUUGCAUGAACCAACUGGAGUAAAUUAAAACAGAGGAUCAGUAUUCUAAUUAUAAUAAUUUGUAACUAAACAUUUCAAAACUAACAUGUCUGCUUUAUUAAUUCUAUUUUUCCUGGCAUGUUUUGGAUUUUGCUCUGUUAUAGCAGAGCUAACUUUUCAUGUUUUAGAGGAAGAACCAAUACAUACCUAUAUUGGUUCUGUUAAUGCCUCCAGUAAAUCUAAUAAGUCUAGCAGGUUUCUAUUUAUUGAACCAAAGACGCAUCUAUUUAGUAUUGACAAAGAUUCUGGAAAGAUUUAUAAUGCGGAGCGUAUUGACCGGGAAGACUUAUGUGGAUCUCGUUAUCCUUGUGUUUUGGAUACGGAGGUUCGAAUAGAUUCAGCAACAGUUGAAAUAGUGACUGUGAAAAUUUACAUAGUAGACAUCAAUGAUAAUGCUCCUAUGUUUGAUAAAGAUGAAGCUUUAAAGGUUAGUGAAAACAAACUCAAUAAAUCAUAUUCCAUUUUAGAAGCAUGGGAUUUUGAUUCAGGGAACAAUUCUGCAAUAUAUUAUACAUUGUUAGACAAUAUAAAUAAUACAUUUAGCUUGAUCUGGAAUGAAGACCAAACGCUUGGAUUAAAAGUUAUGAAGACUUUGGAUUAUGAGAAACAAACAUUUUACCGGUUGACACUUGUAGCAAAAGAUCAAGGUAUUCCACAGAGAACUGGCAGUACAUUUAUAAAUAUUACUGUGUUAGAUGAAAAUGAUAAUAGCCCAAAAUUUGAAAAAGUUUUCUAUAAUCAAACAAUUUUUGAAAAUGUACCUGUAUCAUCUACAAUACUCACAUUGCAUGCAGUUGACAAAGAUUCCGGUCAGAAUGGUGAAGUGAAAUACAAGCUAAACCGUAAAACUUCUCUAAGGAUUAGAGAAAUUUUUGAAGUGAAAGAAUCUUCUGGAACAGUUAUUUUGAAAGGUAGUCUGGGUAAAAGACAUCAAUAUUCUUUUGAUGUAAUAGCUUAUGACCAAGGGUCGAGGAGGCGUUCAGCAUCUGUAACUGUUACCAUUAAUAUUGUUGAUGUCAAUGACAAUUCUCCAGUCAUUGAUAUUGACCCUCCAUUGGCCAAUGUAUCAGAAUCUAAAACUGUGAACUCCCAUGUAGCUGUUGUUCACAUUCAGGAUAAUGAUAAAGGUGACAAUGGUAAAGUGAACUGUUCAAUUGCUGUUACCAGUCAGUACUUUGGCCUCAACCAAAUUUCUUCAAUAACUUAUGAAAUAGUCAUUAAGCGUGAACUGGAUUUUGAACACAUAACCACUUAUAAUAUCACUAUUGAAUGUGAAGAUAAUGGCAUACCUAAACUAAAAAGUAAAAAUACUCUUGUGGUGAAUGUCAUUGAUGAGAAUGACAAUCCUCCAGUCUUUACCAAUGACAUCAAGAUUGUUGAUAUCACUGAAAAUAAUAAAGUUCCUGAAAUUAUAACCCAGGUGAAAGCAACAGAUAAAGAUUAUGGUAUGAACUCUGAAAUAUAUUACUAUCUUGAUUCUGACAAUGCAUCAGAUUUUAUUUUAGAUAACAGAACAGGUGUAAUAACAACAAAUAAAAUAUUUGAUAGAGAAACUAUUUCAGUGGUACAGCUUAGAGUUCUCGCAGUGGAUUGUGGAAUUUUACCUCUCACUGGCACUGGAACUGUACAGUUAAAGAUACUUGAUGUUAAUGAUAAUGUACCAAAAUUUCAAAAGCAACAUUAUGAGUUUCAUACAUUAGAAGCUCAAGCAAGAAAUACCACAAUUGCAACUGUAGAAGCAAAAGAUUUAGAUGCUGGGGAAAAUGGAGCAGUUACAUAUGUAAUUGAAAACAGCAACAGAGCUUCAGAGCUUUUCACUGUAAGUGAUGGUAUUUUAAAGACUAAAGCUGUAUUAAGUCGCACGAAAGGGAGGAGAUAUGAUUUUUUGGUUGUAGCUACUGACCAUGGGAAAAAGCCAUUGAACUCAUCAACAAGUAUCACAGUAAUUGUUGAGGAUGCUAAUGACAACUAUCCCUGUAUCAUUUACCCUAGUGAUGCAAACAACAGUAUUUCAAUCAGUUACGAAAUGACCCUAGCUGACCAGCCUAUUUCACAAGUCAUAGCUUUUGAUGAUGAUGAAGGAGAAAAUGCUAGGUUAUCUUAUUUCCUUAAAAAUACCCCUGAAACAACCAGUUUUUUCAGAAUUAACGAAACAUCUGGUGAAAUAAUGCUGAUUAAAAAUGGUAAUGUCAGUAGACUAAGACAAAACUAUAAACUAUUGAUUUCUGUUAAAGACCAUGGAAAGCCAGCACAACAUACUGCUACAGUUUUACUUGUGAAUAUAAUUGAUGGCAAACCAUUGACAAGCAAAACUAAUCAUUUAAAAAUUAUUUUACCAUUAUGUAUAAUAUUCAUUAUUGUAUUUAUCAUUGGAUUUGCAUACAUGAGGUUCAGAACUAAUAAAGAGAAAAGACGAUAUUUUGCAAAGAAGUAUGAAGAUGCUUCACUUCGAAGGAAGCAAGAUAAUUUUCCUAAAGAAAAUGAAUUCAAUAACAACAGUGGCAAGUCUGUGGCUUUAAAUGGAAGUACAUCUGAAGGAAAUUAUGCCCAGUCUUUGCAAGGAAAUGAAAACAGUCAUGAAGCAGCAGAUAGUUUACCUCCAGAUAUACAUACACAAAAAGAAAGUGGAAAUAACGUGUCCAAAGAACCAUCAUUCCAGUACAGUAAUCUUUUGUGUAAAGAUGAUGCCAACAAUUCCCCAGCAGAAGAGAUUGAAGAAUCUCAAAUCAGAGUUGAACCUGAAGUAAGUUUUACGCUAGAUCGAGCAUCCAUCAAAGGAAGUUGUGCUGCUCUUAUUCACGCCUAACAACUUCAUCUUUGAAGCCUUGAAAGAAUAAAUGUAUGGUUAAACUCUCAGGAAGCAAUCAGGAAUUUCCGAGAUAUUUGGAAUAAUGGACAAAUAUUCAGCCUAAAAUCUGGGUUAUGUACACAAUCCUAAUUGAAGUUUAAAAUAUUCCACUUUGAAGUCUUUCAUCUGAAACUGUUUACUUUGUGAAGGUUUCUUGAAAACAAAUAUAAGUUGUAUUUAAAACUUUAUCAUUGCUUAAAAAUGUGAUAUUCCAGAAUAUUCCAAAAUAUUGAACUUCUUGAAGUAAGAUAAACUAACCCCAUACCAGUUCUACGUAAUGCAUUGUUGCAUUGAAACCCCGUGGGGUUGAGAAGGACAAGAAAAAUGUAUAUCUGUGAUCAAAACCGUUUGACAUAAUCAGCCAACCUCCUUCCUCUUUCAAUAAUUGGACACAGAGUUUGCUUAAGGGAGGGAAAUGACUUAGUCUUUUAUAUUAUCGUAUUUCCAAGUAUUGAUAUGCUACCACCCUGAUUACGUACCUCAAUUUCUUUACCAAUAUGUUUUAUUUGUGGUUUAGCGACAUAUUGAUCCUGUUGGCCUGUUACUGUGUGCACCUGUUCAAUUACUUUCACUAUACAAAGACACCUUAAGUCUAGUACAGAUAAUCAUCCCAUGUGUUUAAAAUUGGCUGACGAAAGAUGUAACUUUCGUACGCGAGGCUGAAAGUUAAAUUCUUGAGAGUUUGCUAAGAAGUAAAUAGUACCAUUGGCGCCGAGAAAUAUGGGAUCUGUCAUUUUCUAUUUCUUAAUUGCUUUCGGUCACUGGAUUGCGGCCACGCUGGAGUGCCGCCUUGAAGGAUUUAGUUGGAUAAAUCGACUCCAGUACUUAUUUUUUAAAGUCUAGUACUUAUUCUAUCGCACCCUUUAACCGAACCAAUAAGUUAUAGAGAUGUAAACAAACCAAUACUGGUUGUCAAGCGGUAUGUUUGUUUGUUUGUUUGUUUGUUUGUGUGUGUGUGUGUGUGUGCGCGCGCCAAACAUAAACAUACAUACAUACAUACGUACAUACAUAUAUACAUACGUACGUACAUACAUAAUGCAUACAUACGUACGUACGUACAUACAUACAUACAUACAUACGUACGUACAUACAUACAUACAUACAUACGUACGUACAUACAUACAUAGUGUUAUGUGUCAAGCUACUGCUAUCCAGCACCUUCGAAUGAUCUCUACUCAACCUCUACACAACUGCUACUCGACUGCUACUCAACACUCCUACCACGGCCAGACUACCUCUAUUUAUAUGUCUUGGGAGAUCCUACUUCUUCGCCUGGGGGCGUCGACACAACACAUACAUACAUACACACACGUGAUUGCUCCAUCUUCACAGAUGAUUGCCAUCUCUUUGUGCUUCCUCAUUGUCAAUAGCAUUUCUAACUUUCCGUCCAAACUGUUGUAGAUUUGCUUAGCGUGAAGUAUUGAUGACAGACAAAAAUUGUAACCUGCGUUAGACCUGCAUACGUCACAUCGUUGUCGUUGCCAUAAGUUUUUCAGUCGACGGAACAAGGAAUACGAUCACCAUAAAGAGACAUUAGUACAUCAUUGGAUUAUAGUGAUAAACGCUUGUACAACACAAGUGCUACCCUCUGAGUUUCAUGAUUUGCAUUAGUGACAGGCUGAAGCGAGAUGACCAGUAAUCACGUGAAUCUGUAUAUUUUACAACUGACUUUUUCUUCCUGAAGGAUGCUGUGACAACAGCUAAGGAUCCCUCACACCCGGUGAUUUUACUGUGCACCCUGACACCAAACAAGGGCAUUUCUGCACUCAGCUAGAUUGGCAUCACAUAUGCUAGUUCACCCAUAACUGGGACCCUGACAAGUACUACGACUCCGGUCAGAGUAAACCUGGAACAGCACUGGCUAAAAGGUAGUUUCACACCCCUCAAAACAUUACAUACAUACAUACAUACAUACAACCAAUUUCCGGUUACCAAAUCCACCCACAAGCAUUAGUCAGUACUAGGAUAUAGGAGAAGGUGCCGCGUAGUGAGACUGAACUCAAGCCACGUGGCUACAAAGCGAGUUUCUUUACCAGAUAGCCAUACCUAUGCUCAGCAACUUGAACAUAUAGUAUUAACUUUGCACAAAGAUGACAAUUUUUCAAUUGUUAUUAAUGAUUUAAUGUUCACUGAGAUGAAUUCUCGCCGGGGUCAGCUUUGCCUUUCAUUCCUCCAGGGUCGAUAAAAUAAAGUACCAGUGAAGUACUGAGGGUCAUUGAUCUCGACUAACCUUCCUUCCUUCAAAAUUGCUGGCCUUGUGCCAAAUUCAGAGACCAUUAUUUAUCUAAUACUAUGUUAUACAUUUGAGGGUUCAUCCUGUCCUCUGAAUCUGGUAGAUGGGAAAAAACUUGAAAGUUGUUACUUAAAAAAUGAAAGAAAAAGAAAAGAAAGAAGCGGAUUGAAUUUUGAGCAUGAGAUUUUCUUCAUUAUCUGCAUCUCAAAUAAAUAAAUAAAUAAAGAAAGAAAGAAAGAAAGAAACGAAGCAGAAUGAAGUUCGAAUUAUGCCAUAAAAGAAACUAUAAUACAAGCUAUAUCACUAUAGCAUACUCAAAACGUAAAGGCGGUGAGCUAGCAGGAUCGUUACCAUGCCGGGCGAAAUGCUUCAUGGCAUUUCGUUCGUCUUUACGUUCUGAGUUGAAAUUCCGCCGAGGUCGACUUUGUCCCCACUCCCCAAAAUUUCGGACCUUGUGCCUUGAGUAGAAAAAAGAAAAAGAAAAAAAAAGUGAUCGCGGCAGAUACAUAUUUUGCCGGUAAAGAAAGCUUGUAAAAUGGUAAGAAACAAUAAAAUAUCUUACCCGUAGAAAGUAUGAAAAAAUGGCUAAUAUUUCUUUCCUUUAAACUUUGCUUUUGUUACAUUUAUUCACCCCCCCCCCAAUCCCUCUCAACACAUGGCUAUGAUGCCCACCAUCCUAUCACUUCUGCUCAUGAUUAGAGAUGCACAUACCCUGCUCAUUCCUCCCUCAAAUUUAAUGUUGUUGAGUUUGCUGAGCAAAAAAGUGAAGAUGUUUACACAAUUUCAAUCAAAUAUGGAAAAUGAAAUUUCUAAUUUCUAUCAUUAUUUUACAGAUAUGUUUUGUAUAUUUUUAUCGAAAUAAAAUGUAUUUCUUCAUGA